UGUGACAGAGAGGCCGGUCAGAUCUCCCCUCAUCAGUCAGUCUGUGACAGAGAGGCCGGUCAGAUCUCCCCUCAUCAGACAGUCUGUGACAGAGAGGCCGGUCAGAUCUCCCCUCAUCAGACAGUCUGUGACAGAGAGGCCGCUCAGAUCUCCCCUCCACAUGUGCUGCAAAACGAAAGGGCCUUUCUACAGAGAUAGCACUGAACAAAAAGCUAUACCGCUAUUAGCAUAUGAAAGAGGCCUUACAUGCUGUGGGAGGGGAUGUUUGGUUGGCCGGCGCUAUGUUUUGAACGCAUCAUUAGUCAACAGGCUUGUGGUUGAAUCUUAAGGUACUGACAUGCCUCACAGGAAAACACGGUCUUAUAAAGGGACUGUGGUUUCUUAAAUGAAUGCCAUGCAACAGUUAUUGUGUCUGCAAAAAUGUAUUUCCUGAUUAAUUGAUUGAAUAAGGCAUCUCAGUCAACAACCUGUUAGUGUUGGCAAGGCCAAGAUGUGUGGCUGCACAGUUGGCAGCUUGAGACCUGGCUGGUGUGUGCGUCCAAAUGGGCUCAGACGUCAGUUCAACGUCUAGUUUUGAUUUACAUUUGGUUGAGUUGUCAACUAAUGUUAAUUCAACGUGAAAUCAAAAACAAAUUUCACAAUGUCAUUGGAUUUAGGUUAAACAUUGGGUGAAAAAACAUUUGAAUUUCACAUUCAUUUUUUUGUUGUUGAAAUGAUGUGGUUUCAACCAGUUUUUGUCCAGUGUGUGUGUGUGUGUGUGUGUGUGUGUGUGUGUGUGUGUGCGCUGGUAAUGCGCACUGGGUGAUCCACUGUCUGAUCUGCCUUGGAUCUACGUACUUCCAGCUGAUAGUCCGUGAUAGUGGACAUAUGGCUGGACACCCGAUACCUUCCCCAGCCCCCCUGGACGCCAACCCCCAACCGGGGUCAUGCUGAGAUGAGGUCUAGACACUCAUAAGCUGCUCUACUGAAAAUCUGGAGGCUCUCUGUGAAAUUGAUUGACCUUCACAAAUGAUACAAGGGAGCGAGAGGGUGAGUAAGUUGUGCCGUUGUCCACCGUGGAAAGUGUGAUUGCACCACAAACACUUGGAGGUCCGUGAUUGGUCUGAUUUGACCAUUUUGACAGUCACUCACCUUUCCAGUCAGAGAUUUGACUGAUCUGUUCACCUAUUUUACCAAUACAUAUCUGUAGUUAGACUGGACUGGAAAUCGAAGAUUUUUGGCGCAAUAAAUUCCUGUGGAACUUGAUGUGAUACACCCUUAUGGUUGCGUCACCUGCAUAACAUGGAACUCUGUAAAUCCCAAACCUUCAGACGAUCGUCAUGCAGUGCACACCCACAACAUGGCAGGCCAUUCAUCGUUUAUUGUCAUAUCCAGCUUUGAGAAAGGCCUGCUGGAAUGUACCAAAAUGAAAACAGGUGUGCACUUCACACCCCUCUGUGUGUUAAAUGCUGUGGGUCCCUUCAUACACGCAUUCCAUCCAUUACACGGCCUGCCACUGCUGAUGAUCUGGUCCCAUUGGUUCUGCUGGGGGGUUAUGGCAACGUUGGGUUGCCAUGUUUGGGGAAAUCCUUGUCUUUGAUAUCAUCCCUCGUUGGUGCGUAUCCUAGAGCUAGACAUGACAGAUGGUAUCAGCCAAGGCAGCGGUCACCAACCAGUCCAACCAAGUUUUUUUUAUUAGUUUUUUAAUUCAUCUUGCGCUGUUGGAGGUAGGUGCACCCGAUUCAGCUGCUGUGCGCGUCGGGUAGGCGACAUGUUCCCAUUUUGAACCAUUUGACAUGUCUGAAGGUACAAACUCUUCCCGGCGGGACCGGGGGGAGCAAAUCAAGUGCACUAUAGGCCUACCGCUGGCCAAUCGGAUGGCUCAGAUUACCAUGUCUGUAGUAACGUAGUAGGUGUAAACGAAAGCUACAGCUAAAUUGAUACUGUGAGAUUUGAAAACCAUGACUAGAGAGAGACUGUCCACGAAUACAGCAAAGAGCUGCUGUUUUUAUGAGUGAGUUCAUGUUUUUACUCAGCACUAUCAACACUUUCUAUUCAACAUUUUUAUAAGCCAUAAAAUGUGUGUUCUCCCUAUUUCCACUUGCGCUACAACCAGCACUGCAGCUCAAUGAAUGAGUAGGAAAGGGUAUCGAUAGGCUUGCGUUGUCACUAUUAGCCGCAUGGAUAUUUUUUAAUAUCAAGGAAUAUUUCACUUUCUCUGCUCAUAGGAGGAACAACAUGAAUUUGUGCAUGAGGCAGAAAUAAUGCGGUGCUACUCGAGUUUCGCCAUCAGCUGGAUGAUGGUGUCCCUUUUUGGUCAGUGUCAGCGGAGGAAAGGGAGAGCGGAGGGACGUUGAGAGGCGGACCUUUAGUCUGCUGCCCUCUCCCUCCGCUGAGACUGACCAUCAGAUGCAGGCAGGCUACAUCAGCCCAGUACGAUAAAAAAAAAAAAGAGUAGAUUAUUUACAUUUAUGCUCACUCAGCUGUGCCUCACAAAUAAUACAACAACUAAUACCGGUGUGAUCAUAUAGGCUACCUCAAAUGUUGGUCUGAGAAGAACAACAAUGCAUUGGCAGGGCAAUUCAAGCAAAGACAAUAUGUGGUGAGAAUGUUUUGUGCCUGCAGCCUACUGAACAAACCUCAUUACUACAGUACUGUUUUUAAUAGGUUAAUGUUAAAUAGGCUCAUGUUUUUUUAAAAGUAAUAUAAAAAAUGUAAUCGUAGAUCUCAGCUUGCAUUUUAACUGAGAAAGUGAUCUCGACUCAAAAAGGGUUGGUGACCACUGAGCUAAGGGAUGAGGAGACAGAAGUGAUGAAUCUUUAUUCUGUUACAGUGUAUCUCUAUGUCAGAUGUAAUGUUCAGGAAUGUUCUGUCUCGUUUGGUAACAUGUAGGAUCUGGUGAGUGUAAUGUUUGAUUACAUGAGUUUAGCAGUUUGUCCAAUAACAGCAAUGUAACCCCUUUGUGCUCCGAACAGGGAUGUGUGGUUUAUACUUUAUGUAGGAGUUAAAUAAAGAACAAGCUCAUAAUGGAUGUAUUAUAUAAUUUACCCCAGAAUGACCUGUACCUGAUCCCAUGUUUAUCACCUAGACGCCUGACACACACACACACAUACACACACACAUACACCACAUACACAUACACACACACAUAUAUAUGCAGGUAAAGGAAAGGGAAAGGGGGAUACCUAGUCAGUUGUACAACUGAGUGCAUUCAACUGAAAUGUGAAGGACCCACACAUGCACGCACGUAGACACACACCCUCUCUGUGUACCUCUGGAGCCUCUAUAACCGCAGAGCUCUGUGCCCUGGGCAACUCCUCUCCAGCUUAUCCACAACACAGAGGUCGUUCCACCAUGUGUGACUUGUCUGUAUCCAUCUAAUUAGAAAUCCAUUAUCAGGAAUAAAUGAUUAUACAGUCCACAUCUUACAUUCAGCAUGCCUGUACAGUAAGAAGGGUAUAUCUUCCAUCCCCAGUGUGUGUAUAUGUACUAACCUAGUACUCCUGAGUGGCGCAGUGGUCUAAGGCACUGCAUCGCAGUGCUAACUGUGCCACUAGAGAUCCUGGUUCGAAUCCAGGCUCUGUCGCAGCCGGCCGCGACCGGGAGACUCAUGGGCGGCGCACAAUUAGCCCAGCGUCGUCCAGGGUAGGGGGAGGGAAUGGCUGGCAGGGAUGUAGCUCAGUUGAUAGAGCAUGGCGUUUGCAACGCCAGGGUUGUGGGUUCGAUUCCCACGGGGGGCCAGUAUAAAAAAAAAUUAUAUAUAUAUGUAUUCACUAACUGUAAGUCGCUCUGGAUAAGAGCGUCUGCUAAAUGACUGAAAUGUAAAUGUUACCUACCUCUCUCAGAGUGAGUGUUUACUGGUUCAAAUGGGUGCUAUAGAAUAUACUCUACAUCGUCCUGGAGAGCGUAGGCUUUUGCUCCAUCUCUGCUGUAAUACACCGGAGGUACCGUCAAAUUAUCUCUCCAGGAGAAGGAUUGGCCAUCCUUGAUCUGAUCUACAGUGUACAUGAUACCAGUUCAUCUGAGUGGAUGUUCUAUAUUCCUGUAAGCCGGGCAUUAGGAGGAGCCAUUUGGUUAAUUCCUCCCUCCCCUGGGAGACGUGUUGGACAAACACAUGAAUGGAAUAAUCCAUUAAUGAGUCAAGGCAACAUGUUUAUAGCCAAACUAAUGAAAAGAGGAGAAAUAUAGCUGCGAUUGGCAGGCGCUGUGUCGUUAAUCUCUGCUGUGCUGUGUGAUUAAGUAGACGCACCGAGGCCAUACUAGGAAUGAAUGCGGUGAUAAAUUACUGACUUCUGUCCGCCUGCGGUUGCCAUGGUGAAAGAGCGAAUGCUGAAACAGAACCAUGGAAUUGGUUGCCAUGGAGGCCAGCUGUGAUGCUUUGUGAGGCUAUUAAGUUUGCAAACGUCCUUGUACUGGAGACGAGAAUGGAGAAUGGGGGGAGAGAGGAGGCCUGUUUUCACAGGCGGAGAGGGAGCCUUUGGUGUCAUAUGCUAUAGGACACAAUUGCUGUGUGUGACAAUGCAAAGCUUGACUCAUUGUAACACACUGCUGAGAGAAUAAAAUACAUUAGUAGACAUGAAUCCCGUUUAGUUAAUCCUCACUAAGGAAUUACCCUUUAUCAAGUAUUUUUUGGUGGUACUGACAUAUUUUGUACGAGACUGUAAAAGAGACAGAGAAUGUAUGAAAGACACCUUGAGAAUAAUAUACAGUUUAUCAGAAUAGUAAGUCUGCUGUGACAUACAGUACCAGUCAGGAGUUUGGACACACCUACUCAUUCAAGGGUUUUUCUUUAUUUUUACUAUUUUCUACAUUGUAGAAUAAUAGUGAAGACAUCAAAACUAUGAAAUAACACACAUGGAAUCAUGUAGUAACCAAAAAAGUGUGAAACAAAUCAAAAUAUAUAUUUUAUAUUUCAGAUUCUUCAAAUAGUCACUCUUUGCCUUGAUGACAGCUUUGCACACUCUUGGCAUUCUCUCAACCAGCUUCAUGAGGUAGUCACCUGGAAUGCAUUUCAAAUAACAGGUGUGCCUUCUUAAAGUUAAUGUGUUUCAGCCAAUCAGUUGUGUUGUGACAAGGUAGGGGGGUAUACAGAAGAUAGCCCUAUUUGGUAAAAGACCAUGUCCAUAUUAUGGCAAGAACAGCGCAAAUAAGCAAAGAGAAACGACAGUCCAUCAUUGCUUUAAGACAUGAAGGUCAGUCAAUACGGGAAAUUUCAAUAACUUUGAAAGUUUCUUCAAGUGCAGUCGCAAAAACCAUCAAGCGCUAUGAUGAAACUGGCUCUCAUGAGGACCGCCACAGGAAUAGAAGACCCAGUGUUACCUCUGCUUCAGAGGAUAAGUUCAUUAGAGUUACCAGCCUCAGAAAUUGCAGCCAAAAUAAAUGCUUCACAGAGUUCAAGUCACAGACACAUCUCAACAUCAACUGUUCAGAGGGGACUGUGUGAAUCAGGCCUUCGUGGUCGAAUUGCUGCAAAGAAACACCAAUAAGAAGAAGAGAUGUGCUUGGGCCAAGAAACACGAGCAAUGGACAUUAGACCGGUGGAAGUCUUGUCCUUUGGUCUGGAGUCCAAAUUGGAGAUUUUUGGUUCCAACCGCCGUGUCUUUGUGAGACGCUGUGUGGGUGAACGGAUGAUCUCUGCAUGUGUAGUUCACACCGUAAAGCAUGGAGGAGGAGGUGUUAUGGUGUGGGGGUGCAUUGCUGUUGACACUGUCUGAUCUAUUUAGAAUUCAAGGCACACUUAACCAGCAUGGCUACCACAGCAUUCUGCAGCGAUACGCCAUCCCAAUCAGUUUGGGCUUAGUGGGACUCUCAUUUGUUUUUCAACAGGACAAUGAUCCAACACACCUCCAGGGUGUCCUAAGGGUUAUUUUACCAAGAAGGAGAGCGAUGGACUGCUGCAUCAGAUGACCUGGCCUCCACAAUCCCCCGACCUCAACCCAAUUGAGAUGGUUUGGGAUGAGUCGGACGGCAGAGUGAAGGAAAAGCAGCCAACAAGUGCUCAGCAUAUGUGGGAACUCCUUCAAGGCUGUUGGAAAAGCAUUCCAGGUGAAGCUGGUUGAGAAAAUGCCAAGAGUGUGCAAAGCUGUCAUCAAGGCAAAGGGUGGCUAUUUGAAGAAUCUCAAAUAUAAAAUAUAUUUAGAUUUGUUUAACAUUUUUUUGGGGUUACUACAUGAUUCCAUGUGUGUUAUUUCAUAGUUUUGAUGUCUUCACUAUUAUUCUACAAUGUAGAAAAUAUUAAAAAUAAAGAAAAACCCUUGAAUGAGUAAGUGUGUCCAAACUUUUGACUGGUACUGUAUUUCAAUUUCUCCCUGAAGAUCAAUCACUAUUUGUUGAAUCAGACAUUUUAGUGCACGUCCGGAGCUAAAGCCUGCACACCUUUGGCCCUCCAGGUCUGGAGUGUCCCACCCAUGUGCUAUAACAGAAACACACUUAAUUACACUCUGUUCCUUCUCCAUAUUCUGUAUCUUCAAGACCUGAAAUUGAUUAAAUACGUAAAUGAAAAAAUAAAGACAUAUACCAUUACAAAUGCAGACAUAGAGGACAGAGAAAAGCCGACCCCGACAUAAUUUGGGAUGCUUUUAAGGCGUACAUUAGGGGAAUUAUAAUAUCAUACUCUGCAAGUUAAAUUUGUGUUAGAAAAUAAAUCACUAUCUUAGAAAAAGCCCCCCAAAAAUGAUUUGACGGUAAAGUAGAAAAUACAAUUUCAGAACUUAAGCAGGAAUAUGAUAUUUUACUCUUGAAGAGAGACAACAACUACAAGUUAAGUAAGGGAUAAACUGCAAUGUUCUGAACAUUACCUUGAAAAUAAUGGACAAUGCAGCAGAGUUUAUUUUUCCAAGGCAAUGUACAGAACGGAGGCGUUUAUCCCGCUUAUACCACAAUUGCCAAAGAAAACAAUACUAAAGUACACAACAAUACUAAAACAUUAUUUUGUUGAUAUUUUCAUUCAUACUUUGUCAUCUUUUGGUUGCUUUUGUCAUCUUUUGGUUGCUAGAGACGCGAUCCAGUUGUUCGUUUGAUAGUUAUGGACGUGACCCAGUCGUUCGUUCUUUAUGUUCCGUUGCCAUGCUCGCUGGCAAUGUUCUUAUCAGAAACUAGUAUUCAACAAUGCUGUGGUAUAAACUAAAUUAUACCACAGCAUUGUUGAAUACUUGUUUCUGAUUGGCUAGAAGGGCAUUCUAGAAUGGGCAUUAAAACCAGAUAACAGGACAGUUGGAAAAUAUAUCGAGACAGUUGGAAAAGAUAUCAGGACACCUUGAAAUCAUGACGCAAUAUGCGCCUACACAUGCAGACUGUACUUGCUACAAAGUUAUAGAAAGCAAAAACAACAACCACACAAACCGAAAUUGGAUACAUUGUAAACGCAGGUUCAACGAGGAAAAACUUCCAGCAUUGAUUUGGUUUUGCAGAGACUUGUUUUUUUGGAGCAUCUGAUGACCUAACAACCGUGUUGAGUGAUGAACAUGAUUUUCUCCAGUCCCUACUGUUUCAGUCAUGACGCAACUGUUUUCAACAUCUGAUAUUUUUUAAUUCAGUUGUCAUAUUGGCAGCUUUGCUAGCAACAAACUAUUUAGCUAAGGUAGCUUCUAGCCUAGUGUUUGAUAUGCAAUGCGUUCUCAUCGUAAUGAACAGUGUCGAGUGUCCUGAUAAAAAUGCCAACUUUUCUAGCUAUGCCAGGCAAAAUCAGGCAUCAUCAUUAAUGUAUCUAAAUGAAUGUCAAUAGAAAACAGCUUAAACGCAAAUGCAGCUACUUGACUGUUAUUCUGGCUGCAAAGUUUGUGACUGUGGUAGCCGUAGCUAGUUGGCUAGCUUGCAAGCAAGGGAUAAGAACGUUACCAGCGAGCAUUGCAACGGAACAUAUAGAAUGAACAACUGGGUCGCGGCCAUAAAAUAUAGCAACCAAAAGAUGAGAAAGUAUGAAUUUGCUUAUAAAAAUUUAAAUAUAAACAAAAAAACAUUUUCUACCAGUACAUUUUUGCUCAAGUAUUGUUUUCUUUGGCAACUGUGGUAUAAGCAGGAUAAAUGCCACCGUUCUGUACAUUACCUUGGAAAAAUUAACUCUGCAAAGGACUCGGCUCCGCCUUGUCCCGCAGCGUCGUCUAUUAUUUCCAAUGUACAGAACGUCUGCAUUUAUCCCUUACAUAAAGCAUACUAUUUAUUGGCAAAUAAACCUGGUAAACACCUCGCAGCCCUCACAAAAUGAAUACGUGCCAAACCAGUUUAAUUUGAAAAGAUAAGGACACAAAUGCUUUAAUUAGAAACAAUGCUAUUAGUAAAAAUUUUAAGAUCUAUGAAAAUCUAUAAAUCAGAAUUAAAUAGUUGGACUGAUCCUACAGCCUUCUUAGACUCAAUAACCUUGAAGCAAAUGUCAUCAGAUAAAAAUAAAUAAUGGCAAUCACCCAAAAAUAAAUGUUAGGCACUGUUAAAAUAUUUGCGUGGAGAAAGCACCAGGGAUGGAUGGCUUUUCCAUAAAAAAUGUUUUGAUAUUCGUAACAAACAGUUAUUUCAGUUAUAUUAAAACCAGGAAAAUCUGGAGAGUCCCCUGCAGAUUACAGACCCAUAAGUUUAAUAAAUUGCGACAAUAAAAUCAUAACAAAACUCAUAAGCAAGAGAAUAGCAAAAGUAUUACUACAUAUUAAUCAAACAUGGUUUAUUGAAAAUAGACACUUACAAACAAAUACAAGCAAGAACAUGUUUCCGUAUAAUACAAUACUCUAAAAAACAAGAUGUAGAUUUAUCAAUAAUGGCUUUUGACCGUCUUUUCAAUUCAAAACUUUGGAAGCAUUCAACUUUCCAGCUGAAAUAAUACAUUUCAUACAAAUAUUAUAUAAAUGUCCUAAAGCAAAAAUAUAUACAAAUAAUACAUUAUCUGAUGAAAUUGCUUUAGAAAAGGGUACGAGACAGGGAUGUCCUCAUGUUUAAACUUGCAAUUGAACCGCUUGCAGAAAGAAUUAGACAGGACCCAAACAUAACGGGUAUCCGUAUUGGUAAACAUGAAUAUAAACUAAACUUAGCUGCCGACGAUCUCCUGAUAUACCUGACUAAUAUGGAAAACUCAGGGCCUCCCGAGUGGCGCAGCGGUCUAAGGACACUGCAUCGCAGUGCUAGAGGCAUCACGACAGACCCGGGUUCGAUCCCAGGCUGUAUCACAACCGGCUGUGAACGGGAGUCCCAUAGGGCGGCGCACAAUUGGCCCAGCCUACCAUCAGUAACACACUACGCCACCAGGGACUCAAAUCCUGCAGUGCCAGACGUGUCCCCCUGCUUAAGCCAGUACAUGUCCAGGCCCGUCUGAAGUUUGCUAGAGUGCAUUUGGAUGAUCCAGAAGAGGAUUGGGAGAAUGUCAUAUGGUCAGAUGAAACCAAAAAUAGAACUUUUUGGUAAAAACUCAACUCGUCGUGUUUGGAGGACAAAGAAUGCUGAGUUGCAUCCUAAGAACACCAUACCUACUGUGGAAGCAUGGGGGUGGAAACAUCAUGCUUUGGGGCUGUUUUUUUGCAAAGGGACCAGGACGACUGAUCCGUGUAAAGGAAAGAAUGAAUGGGGCCAUGUAUCGUGAGAUUUUGAGUGAAAACCUCCUUCCAUCAGCAAGGGCAUUGAAGAUGAAACGUGGCUGGGUCUUUCAGCAUGACAAUGAUCCCAAACACACCGCCCGGGCAAUGAAGGAGUGGCUUCGUAAGAAGCAUUUCAAGGUCCUGGAGUGUCCUAGCCAGUCUCCAGAUCUCAACCCCAAAGAAAAUCUUUGGAGGGAGUUGAAAGUCCGUGUUGCCCAGCGACAGCCCCAAAACAUCACUGCUCUAGAGGAGAUCUGCAUGGAGGAAUGGGCCAAAAUACCAGCAACAGUGUGUGAAAACCUUGUGAAGACUUACAGAAAACGUUUGACCUAUGUCAUUGCCAACAAAGGGUAUAUAACAAAGUAUUGAGAAACUUUUGUUAUUGACCAAAUACUUAUUUUCCACCAUAAUUUGCAAAUAAAUUCAUUAAAAAUCCUACAAUGUGAUUUUCUGGAUUUUUUUUCUUCUCAUUUUGUCUGUCAUAGUUGACGUGUAUCUAUGAUAAAAAUUACAGGCCUCUCUCAUCUUUUUAAGUGGGAGAACUUGCACAAUUGGUGGCUGACUAAAUACAAUUUUUUCCCCACUGUAUAGUUAAAUACACUAAAGAGGAACAGUGGGUACAUAUUGAAGAUGUGCAUGCUCAUCCCCAGAAUCUUCACAUUUGUUUUCAAAGGAUAAAGCUAAGAACAUUAACAACUUUAUACAGUUACAGUUGAAGUCGGAAGUUUACAUACACUUAGGUUGGAGUCAUUAAAACCCGUUUUUCAACCACUGCACAAAUUUCAUGUUAACAAACUAUAGUUUUGGCAAGUCGGUUAGGACAUCUACUUUGUAAUUACACAAGUAACACAAGUAAUUACACAAGUAAUUUUUCCAACAAUUGUUUACAGACUGAUUAUUUCACUUAUAAUUCACUGUAUCACAAUUCCAGUGGGUCAGAAGUUUACAUACACUAAGUUGACUGUGCCUUUUAAACAGCUUGGAAAAUUCCAGAAAAUGAUGUCAUGGCUUUAGAAGCUUCUGAUAGGCUAAUUGACAUUAUUUCAAUUGGAGGUGUACCUGUGGAUGUAUUUCAAGGCCUACCUUCAAACUCAGUGCCCCUUUGCUUGACAUCAUGGGGAAAACAAAAGAAAUCAGCCAAGACCUCAGGAAAAAAAAUUGUAGACCUCUACAAUUCUGGUUCAUCCUUGGGAGCAAUUUCCAAAACGCCUGAAGGUACCACGUUCAUCUGUACAAACAAUAGUACUCAAGUAUAAACACCAUGGGACCAUGCAGCCGUCAUACCGCUCUGGAAGGAGACGUGUUCUGUUUCCUAGAGAUUAACUUACUUUGGUGCGACAAGUGCAAAUCAAUCCCAGAACAACAGCAAAGGACCUUGUGAAGAUGCUGGAGGAAACAGGUACAAAAGUAUCUAUAUCCACAGUAAAACGAGUCCUAUAUCGACAUAACCUGAAAGGCCGCUCAGCAAGGAAGAAGCCACUGCUUCAAAUCCGCCAUAAAAAAGCCAGACUACGGUUUGUAACUGCACAUGGGGACAAAGAUUGUACUUUUUGGGGAAAUGUCAUCUGGUCUGAUGAAACAAAAAUAUAACUGUUUGGCCAUAAUGACCAUCGUUAUGUUUGGCCAGAACCCCAUCCCAACCAUGAAGCACGGGGGUAGCAGCAUCAUGCUGUGGGGGUGCUUUGCUGCAAGAGGGACUGGUGCACUUCACAAAAUAGAUGGCAUCAUGAGGAAGGAAAAUUAUGUGGAUAUAUUGAAGCAACAUCUCAAGACAUCAGUCAGGAAGUUAAAGCUUGGUCGCAAAUGUAAAUGUAAAUGGGUCUUCCAAAUGGACAAUGACCCCAAGCAUACUUCCAAAGUUGUGGCAAAAUGGCUUAAGGACAACAAAGUCAAGGUAUUGGAGUGGCCAUCACAAAGCGCUGACCUCAAUCCUAUAGAAAAUCUGUGGGCAGAACUGAAAAAGCGUGUGCGAGCAAGGAAGCCUACAAACCUGACUCAGUUACACCAGCUCUGUCAGGAGGAAUGGGCCAAAAUUCACCCAACUUAUUGUGGGAAGCUUGUGGAAGGCUACCCGAAACGUUUGACCCAAGUUUAAACAAUUUAAAGGCAAUGCUCCCAAAUACUAAUUGAGUGUAUGUAAACUUCUGACCCACUGGGAAUGUGAUGAAAGAAAUAAAAUCUGAAAUAAAUCAUUCUCUUUACUAUUAUUCUGACAUUUCACAGUCUUAAAAGAAAAGUGGUGAUCCUAACUGACCUAAGACAGGGAAUUUUUACUAAGAUUAAAUGUCAGGAAUUGUGAAAAACUGAGUUUUUAAAUGUAUUUGGCUAAGGUGUAUGUAAACUUCCAACUUUAACUGUAGUUAAGAACACUAUAACAAUAUGGAGGAAAAUGAAACAAAUUCUACAAGAACCAAUAUCACUCCCUAAAAACACACCCCUAUGGAACAAUCCUUGGAUAGCUUUUCAGAAUUCAAUGAUAAAUUAAAUGAUGUGGUAAUAGGAAAUACACAUAUUUCCAUGACAGAAUUAAAAAGCAAGUUUGGACUGACUAAUGUACACAUUUUCAAAUAUGCAACUUAAAAGUUUUAUAUCAGUACAUUUUGACCUGUAAGCAAUGUUGUGGGAAUCCUAUUUGAGUCAGAAAAAGAUACUCAUAUGACAGGUAAGAUAUACAAGACCUUGCAGAGAGAGCCUAUUCAACUGACAAUGUCUUAGAAAAAAAUAUAAACUAUUGGAAUCAAGACUUAAAAAUAACUGAUAUAGGCACAAGAUGGAGGGAAUGUUGGAACAUAACUAAUUAAAUUACUGUUAACAAAAAUGUACGCUUAAUUCUAACUAAUGUAUAGAAUAUAUUAUACAAGAGACAAAAUUCUACAGCACAACAGCAGAGUACAACGAACAAUGACUCAAUAAUGAAUGCCUUCUGGGAGUGCUAUAAAGUCCAAAAGUUAUGGGCGGAUGAAUCAA